GCAAUUCACCUCGUUGUCGCCUACUCACAUUGAUACCGCAACCAUGAGCAAAUUCUACCUCCCAGACUCGACAGCAACAACAGCAACACCCUCCCCCCUCACCUCCCCUCCAUCUCCCAAAUCAAAUCCCUUGGACCGCAAACCCUACUCCUCCAACAACUACUCUACCUACUCCGACUCUGAUUCCGACGCCGACAACACCCCCCUACCAUUCCCAGCAGCUCUCCCCCGCAGCGACUUCCUAACCCCAAACUUCACACCCGAAGCCUACCUCUCCACCCUCUCCAACCGCCACCAAACCCUCGAGGACUUGCGAUCCGAUCUACGCCAACGCUCUCAAUUACUCUCCAAAGAACUGUUAGAUCUGGUAAAUGCCAAUUACGAGGAAUUUCUAUCCCUGGGUCUAAGGUUAAAAGGAGGAGAGGAGAAGAUAGAAGAAGUUCGCGUAGGCGUACUAGGAUUCAGCAGAGAAGUCGGAAACGUCAGAGAUGCAGUCGCGGAAAAAGUGCAAGAAUUCGGCACAUUACUAGAAGAGAAAAAGAGGAUUAGAAAAGACGUCAUGGUUGGCCGACGACUCUUGGAGAUUGAAGAGAGAUUGGAAGACCUAGAAGCCAGAUUGAUGGUCGAACCCUCCAACUCUUUAUCUGCAAACAACACAUCCGCCAAUGACGACGACUCGGAUUCAGACUCAGACGAGGACGAGGAUUACGAAGACGGAGACGGAGAUUCCGCGACCACUGCCACUCUCGCGCGAUUGAGGAAACACGCACAAGCCUACCUCCUCCUCACCCACCUGACCCAAAAACUCCACCAUCACCCAUUCAUCACAGCCCAGCAAUCUCGACUUUUACGCAUCAGAAAUACACUAUUACUGGACUUGAGGACGAGCUUGAAACAAGCACAAACCGCUGGAGUUGGCGGGAAACAAUUACUCGAUUUCUUGGUCAUAUAUAGAGAAUUGGGAGAGGGGGAGGAAGGUGCUGGUGCUUUGAAACAGGGUUGAGAGAGUGAGGAAGAGAGUUAGAGGUAUGAUGGAAUAUUUUCAGAGAGGGGCAGAUUUAUGCUGUGUAGUGGCAGCAAUGGCAGCAUUAAGUCAAGAUUGAUGCCCAUUUUUCACAGAAGGAAGGAAGCCUUCUUACUGUGUGGAUAGCUAGACACACUUUACCCAGCCGAUCUCUUGCCUCUGAAGCAUUUUGCUGUAUGCUUGGCAAGAGAUCCAUCCGCACGCUUUUGUCGUUUCGAUUACAUCUAUCUACUUCUUGAUAUUCGCCGUAUGUGUUGGUCUGGCUGAAGAACAGAAGUGACUGGCUAGAUGUUGUGUUUAGAGUGCAUCUCUUUUUCUACUACGAAAAGGUAUCUGGAUGUGACCAAAGAGUCGUGGUCCGCAUCAUGAAAAUAGUGAGAG